AUGGCGACUAAAGAUUUUCAUGUUGGGUUGGCUAGUCCUCACGCCGAGUCUCUGCGAUCAUUCACGGAGACAUUACCGGACGAAUAUCACGAAUGGGUCUCCGAAUCAGGACGAAGUUCGCGAAAUGAUCAUAUCCUGGAAGAUUUCCCCCAGCCGCCCAACCGUGGUCUCAAUCUCGAUGCCAUUGAAGAAGAAACAGUAUUCCCCACUCCGAGAACAUCGAUCAAGAAUAUGCGACGAACGGUGACAACAAACGAACUCACCAUGGGUAUGGGUAUGGGUAUAACAACCGACCUCCCUCUGCUUCAACAGGUCAACCCCUACGAAGACGCGGAAGAGUUUCACCCCGUCAUUGAAGAAAACGGCGUUUCAUAUGAUUUGAUCGCGCCUUUUGAAGGGGACGAAGCGCCACUUCAUAAGCUAGAGCGAGUCUCAGAUGUUAUGUUUGGCACCGAGCAUAUGUUACAUAUCCUCAAUAACCCGCGCUACCUAUCUCGGUUCCGCGACUUUCUUUUGGAAGAACGGCCACGUUCAAUCUCAACUCUCACCUACUAUCUUAAUGCCGUUAAAGCGCUCAAGGCCAUUGAGUUCGCCAAUGCUUUAGUGCGCCUAUCUAUCGAUGUUCCGCCUGCUGCCAUUCAAAACAUCCAACUGAGUAACGAGGCCGUGGGAAUCACCGCGAACAAACCCCUUGAACAAAGAGUCGAAGAUGGACUGCGCGCUUUAACGGCCGAGGAACUUCCCGCAUUCAUCACCUCCAGGUGUAUCACAAUCACUAGCAAAAUUGUUGAGGAGCGAGUACGUGGCACAUUGCCGAUGAAGUUUCGAGAAACGUCCAACGCAUUAGCGGAAGUCUUUUGCUUAACGGAUCCGACGCGGCCUGACAAUCCCAUCAUCUUUGCUUCCGAAGAAUUCCACAGGACAACGCAAUACGGCAUGGACUAUGUUCUCGGGCGCAACUGUCGGUUCUUACAGGGCCCAAAGACAAACCCAAACAGUGUUCGGCGGAUCAGAGAAGCCAUCAAAGAGUGCCGACAUCACUCUGAGCUAUUCUUAAACUAUCGUCGUGAUGGGUCUCCGUUUAUGAACCUUCUCCAAUGCUCCCCUCUAUGCGACAGCCAAGGCCGCGUAAAGUACUUCAUUGGCGCGCAGAUUGACGUAUCUGGACUUGCGCUAGACGGCGCCCAAAUGGAGUCUCUUAUUGAACUACAAUCCCGAUAUAGGGAUCCCGACGAGGAAAGCGUGGCAGAGAUGCCUGAACCCACACACAAAGGCGAAUUCCAAGAGCUAUGCGAACUUUUCAGUCCUCGUGAACUGACCGCUGUUCAAGAGCACGGUGGCGACCUUUUCCAACCCUCUUCUAACCGGCUUACCAUGAAGAGCCAUCGAACAUGGCUUCAACGCGGCGGUUCUAUCGAUAGCGAGACUGAAGCUAUCCGCCUCCGGGAUAUGAAGUCGCCAUUACAACGUGGGGCUCUUUCUGGCGUAUAUGAGAACUAUCUCCUUGUUCGGCCAUAUCCGUCUCUUCGGGUCCUCUUCACUUCUCCGUCUCUUCAAAUCCCUGGCAUGCUUCAAUCCUCAUUCUUGUCUCGUAUUGGCAGUUCUGCCGCUGUCAAAGAUGAGCUUGUGGAGGCAAUGAUGCACGGUCGCAGCGUCACAGCACGAAUCAAAUGGGUCACGCGAUUUAACACUGAGGGUCGCAACCGUUGGGUGCAUUGUACCCCUUUGCACGCCAGUAAUGGCCAGGUAGGAGUUUGGAUGGUGGUGAUUGUGGACGAUGACGAAGAAACACUACUUAAUUGGAGGAACUCGGAGCGUAGCUAA